AUGGCUUCUCCCAACGUUCCAUUUCAGGGGGGCUACAAGCGCUUCUUCGUUUAUCUCCGUGAAAAGGAUAAAAGAAAACGUGUACAAGAAUUCCUCAGCAAGCUUGAUAUUGAGCCCGAUCUCGCUCAGAGACAUGAAGCCAGUGUCACUGAGACUGAUCGUUCGAUCCCAUCUGACCUGCCAGCGAUGCCUGAGGCCGCUCCACCACAACAGGAACUCACUGGCAUCUUGCCUUGCCAUUGUCUCAUUGUUGAACAAAAUUUGAGUCGUCUGUUUGAGCGUUUGACAUUGGGUCCUGACACGGAUGCUCAACCUGCUGCCAAGCGUCGAAAACUCUCUCACGGCGGUUCACCUCAUCGUCUUUAUAAGGGUCGCAGAGGUUAG